AUGAGUAAAAGAAAAGAUAGAGAUGGAGAGAUGAUAGAUGUAGAUGCAGAGUUGAUAGAUGUAGAUGAGAAAGGGAAAAGGGAAAGGGAAAAGAAGAAGGAAGGAGGAGGAUACAACGAUGAAGAUUUGAUUCGACUUGCAAAGGAUGGAUGGAGAUGUCACUUGGGUGAUAUCAAACCUACUAUUCAAUUUGAUGGUAUAGUGCGAUCAACAACUCUGGCUAAACUAGGAAGAGAUGUAAAGGUACCAUUGAAAGAGGCAUUUUCAACUCUGUUUAGUGAACAGUUUUGGAACUUACUAUUGAAUGAAAUCAACAAAAGCAUUGAAAAGAAUAAAAAGGUUGGAGGAAAAGAGUAUUCAAUAUACUUUGAUGCUCAAACAUUCAUGGCACAAGACAAAUACUUGGUCAUUGAACAAGCAUUUUCAUUGUCAGAAGAAUCAAUACAUCAACUUUGUCAAGAAAUGUCUAUAAAUGCAAGUGAAUUGGUAAAAGGAUUCGAGUCGGGCAUAUCACAUGGAAAGAUGAAAUUUGAAUGGGAUAUUGUAUUGGAAGAUCAGUUUGUAGUAGAUAGAAUUACAGCUUUCUUUCAUCAGCUAAAUGGUGAUUAUGUCAGGGAAAAAGAACAGAAAAAGGUAAAAAAGUACAAAGAUGAUUCAAAGCAAGUAUCACUUACUGGUACUCAUAUUCGUCAUUGGUUUCCUCAUCUAGAUAAUAACAAGAAGAAAAGUGCUGAUGAUGAUGAUAAUAAUAAUAAUGUUGAUGAUAAAGAUGAUGAUAAAUUGUUGAAAUUUAUGGAAAACAAAAAGAUGUUUGUUAUUUCCAAAAGUAAAAUUCAAAAUAGAACAACUAUUGAUUAUAUGAAUGACAAUGGACUCAAAUUUAUUGUCAAAUCAUCACCUCGGACAUUUCCAGAUGUUUAUCGUAUUUUAGUUGAUGGUGCUAAAGAUGGCAACGAUCAAAAGGUGUCGGCUAUCAAUGCGAAUUCAAAUCUGCUUGUGAUAGUUGAAUCAAAAGUUACCGACCUCGAGGACUUUGAGCAAAGUGAUAUCAAAGAUUCAAUGUACAUAACCAACGUAUAUGAACCAACAUUUAGUGGCUGUAAUUUAAGAAAUCCAGCAUCGUCUCGUGAAAUAGAAUACUUUAAUUUUGACUCUUUUUUGAAAAAGAUUAAUCAGUUUGAUGCAACAGAAAAGCAUAUGGAUGAUGUAAACAAAUUUUUGUAUCCACUUUCUGUUGUGGCAGAUAGGAAUGCAUCACUAUAUACACUUGCCUCCACCAAACCACACAUUGAAUUCAUUAGAGAUUUAAAAUCUUUUCUAUUUAAUUCAUCCAAAUCUGAUUUAUAUCCAAACCGUCCUUCUACUCCUACUCAUACUCGUACAUCUACUGUAAAUCAAAAGAAUUGUAAAUAA